GGUUAGAGCCUGGAACUCAUCCCUCUCUGAUUCCUUGUCUAGAUUGGUUGAGUUCAGGAGGACCUAGCCUUCAACCUUUGAAGGAUUGAAAGACCCUUUGGAUGCUGAUGAUUGGUCAAAGGACAUACUCCGUACAAAGGAAGUUAUGUUGCCAACUGCAAUGGGCCAGUCUGUGUCAAACUCAAAUUAGCGGCACACCAGCUCAAAGGUGUGGCCUAAGAAUAUUGCGGAACUUACUGAAUUUCACAUGCUGAUGCGAAAGGCAUCUUGUGGAAUGAGUUCGCCAGUGCCUUGCAUACGACUUAGUUCCCUGUGUGCAUCCUGGAUCUAAAGCGGGAUGAGUUUCAGGCUGUAACCCAGGGACAAGAUGUCUGUAUCGGAGUAUGUGAGCUGCUUUACUAACUGGUUCGCUAUGGGAGAGCUCUAAUUGCAACUGAGAGAGAUAGGAAGACAAGAUUCUUGAAGGGGAUGGAUCCCGGGCUAAAGGAAAGAUUGAUCUCCCGCGAUUUCCCUACCUUCCAACACCUCAUUAACAAGGUCAUCCUUCAAGGGAGCACCGAAGCAGGGUCACCAUGGGGUGCCCAACAGAAGACCAAAUAGCAUCCAAGCUACUAAAUUUGGAACAUUAGAUAACCAAGGUCCAACAACAACGCUCAGUCUCCUAGAGCUAAAGCGGGAGGUCAUCACUCCAACACUACAGGGGUGUGGUGUGCUAGAGGCACAUUGCUAGUGGCGACCACAACAACAGGACUCACGCCGUUGAAGUUCAAUUUGGGCUUGCAAACAGAAUGCCACAGCCGGGACUAGGAUGGGGCAUACUUACUACACACACACCAAGGAAUGCAGCUUGCUCACCAGGACAGACAAGGCGUGGCCAAGUCAACCAAGCUACUGCUGAAGAACCUCAGGAGGCACAAGAUAUUGCCCUUGAUAUAUGGCGUUGUGCGGAAAGAGAUCUGGUAUCGGCCGGAUAUGUACUUUUACCGAGACAUGCUGCAUAUGCUAGCUAGGAACAAGAAGGUUGACGAGACAAGGCAGGUCUGGGCAGAUCUGAAGUCUGAAGGAGUGAUGUUUGAUCAGCACACCUAUGGUGAUAUCGUGCGAGUCUUCUGCGAUGCCGGCUUGAUUGACCUGGCAAUGGAAUUCUACGAGGACAUGAGGAGCUCCCCGGAGCCACCUCUCUCCUUGCCAUUCCGGGUUAUACUGAAAGGCCUGAUCCCGUAUCCGGAGCUGAGGGAGAAGAUAAAACAAGAAUUUCUGGAACUUUUCCCUGAUAUGAUUGUGUAUGACCCCCCAGAUAGCUUGUCUGAUAUAGAUGAUGAAUUCAGAUUUUGAUCCACAAUACAUAAUCGCAUACUUUUAUUCUUGAAGCUACUAUCAAAGAUCUACUGGAAUGCUCACCUAA